GCCGGGCGGGGCGGGGUGCAGACGAUUGCACCUCCUGGGCACCCGCGGUCACACGUGUGACCGAAGCUGGCAAGUGGACACCUCUGAGGCUCGGAAGAGACAUCCUAGAACAGCGAUGGCAAACUUCAAGGGCCAUGCUCUCCCAGGGAGCUUCUUUCUAAUAGUGGGACUGUGGUGGUCAGUGAAGUACCCACUGAAAUACUUUCACCACAAGGGCUUGAAGAAGAACAGACUGAGCCAUCAGCAGGAGCGUAUUGAGAUCAUUGAAGGUGCAGUGAAGACUCUGUUUGCAGUCAUUGGGAUCCUGGCAGAGCAGUUUGUUCCAGACGGACCUCACCUGCACCUCUACCACGAAAACCAAUGGAUCAAGCUGAUGAACUGGCAGCACAGCACCAUGUACCUAUUCUUCGGUGUCUCGGGACUCAUGGACAUGCUCACCUACCUUUACUUCCACAUCGUGCCCCUGGGGUUAGACAGAGUGGUUUUGGCUAUGGCCGUAUUCAUUGAAGGUUUUCUCUUCUACUUCCAUGUUCACAACCGCCCUCCCCUGGACCAACACAUCCACUCCCUGCUGCUGUUCGGUCUGUUCGGAGCAGCUAUCAGCAUCUUUCUGGAGGUUAUCCUUCGGGAUAACAUCGUGCUGGAGCUCUUCCGAACCAGUCUCCUUAUCUUGCAGGGAACCUGGUUCUGGCAGAUUGGAUUUGUCCUGUUCCCGCCAUUUGGAAGGCCAGAAUGGGACCAGAAGGACAUGAACAACAUCAUGUUCAUCACCAUGUGCUUCUGCUGGCACUACUUGGUUGCUCUCUGCAUCGUAGCCAUCAACUACUCCCUUGUUUACUGCUUUCUGACUCGGGUGAAGAGAUGUGCAGAAGGAGAAAUCAUUGGGAUUCAGAAGCUGAAGUCUGAUCACACUUACCAGUCAGCCCUUUUGAGUGGCUCGGAUGAGGAGUGACAUCAGGCAUGGGGGCGUGGAGACCUCACAUCCUUUUUAAACAACACUGGAAAGGAUGCAGCCUGUCCCCUGUACUCCAAGGUUUGCCUUAUGUGCUCCUGUUCCCAGGACUCUAAGGCUUGCCUUAUGUGCUCCUGUCCCUGGUACUCCAAGACUUGCCUUAUGUGCUCCUAGGGUUCUAUAUGCUGCAUCCCUCAUCUACUACAAAGCUAGAGGCUCAAAUACAGGAAAUUAGACCUCAAG